AGAGGAUUCUCCUUAAACAUUGGGCCUCGCAUUUGUAUGGUCUGAAACAAAUGGUUUCUUCAUCUUCCAAGAUAGGCGUCGGUAUCGGAAUGGGAAUCCCCACCCACCCUGCCGCCAUGUCUACUCUCUCCAACGCCUUCCCUCCGCCUCUCCUCUUCCUCAACUCUUCCUCCUCUUCCUCUUCGUCCUCGUCCUCCGCUUCCCCACGCCCCUUCCGCCUCCACUCUUCUUCCCGAACACGCGCUUUGUCUCUCCGUGCUAAAGCUGCCUCCGUCGAUGCCUCUCCCACUCCAGCUAAAGGAGUGGAGAAUUUGGUGAUUAUAGGCUCAGGUCCUGCUGGAUAUACAGCUGCAAUAUAUGCGGCUCGUGCCAAUUUGAAGCCUGUAGUGUUUGAGGGGUAUCAAUUGGGUGGUGUUCCUGGUGGGCAAUUGAUGACUACGACUGAAGUGGAGAACUUCCCAGGUUUUCCUGAUGGAAUAACUGGUCCAGAUUUGAUGGAUAGGAUGCGACGGCAAGCUGAGCGUUGGGGAGCAGAACUAUUCCAAGAAGAUGUGGAGUUUAUUGAUGUUAAAACCAGUCCUUUUACGAUACAGAGUAGUGAACGUGAGGUUAAGUGUCACAGCAUGAUUUUUGCUACGGGAGCUACUGCCAAAAGGCUCAGGUUGCCUCGUGAAGAUGAAUUUUGGAGCAGGGGAAUUAGUGCAUGUGCCAUUUGUGAUGGAGCAUCCCCGUUGUUUAAGGGCCAAGUACUUGCUGUGGUUGGAGGAGGUGAUACAGCGACAGAGGAAGCAAUCUACCUUACUAAAUAUGCUCGACAUGUUCAUUUGCUUGUGCGUAGGGACCAAAUGAGAGCAUCAAAAGCAAUGCAAGAUAGAGCAUUUGGUGUGAAAGUGCAUGUGAAAUUCAAUGGUAAUUAUCGCGAAUGUUUCAGAGUUUUGAACAAUCCAAACAUCACCUUGCACUUCAAUUCAGAAACUGUGGAUGUUGUUAGCAAUACAAAAGGCCAGAUGUCAGGGAUAUUACUCAGAAAAGUUGAUACUGGGGAGGAAUCUGUUCUUGAGGCAAAGGGCUUAUUUUAUGGUAUAGGACAUUCGCCAAAUAGCCAGCUGUUGGAAGGCCAAGUUGAACUUGACAGAUCUGGCUAUGUCUUAGUUAAGGAUGGUACUGCAAAAACAUCUGUUGAAGGUGUAUUUGCAGCUGGAGAUGUGCAGGACCAUGAGUGGAGACAAGCCAUAACCGCUGCUGGAUCAGGAUGCAUAGCAGCUUUAUCAGCAGAGCGCUACCUUGUUAGAAAUGAUCUUCUCAUUGAGUUUCAUCAGCCUCAAACUGAAGACGUUAGGAAGGAACUUACAGACAGGGAUGUUCAAGAAGGUUUUGAUAUCACACAUACAAAGCAUAAGGGCCAGUAUGCACUACGAAAGUUGUACCAUGAGAGUCCAAGGCUUAUAUGUGUACUAUAUACAGCACCAACCUGUGGUCCUUGUCGGACUUUGAAGCCAAUUCUUCACAAGGUCAUUGAUGAAUUUGAUCAGAAUGUUCACCUUGUUGAAAUUGAUAUUGAGGAAGAUCCAGAAAUUGCUGAAGCGGCUGGAAUUAUGGGUACACCCUGCGUUCAGUUCUUCAAGCAGAAGGAGAUGCUCAAGGCUGUAUCAGGGGUCAAAAUGAAGGGAGAGUAUAGAGAAUUCAUUGAAGCAAAUAAAUGAGGUUACUUUGUACUUGUCUGUCUGUCAUCAACUUGUGAUUCAAUUUUGUUCCUACCAAACUGGUUAGUUCAAAUAAUCCCUUCAAUUUAAAAAUGAAGAACUACAUUUGUGGUGUUACACAUUCAGAGUUGCCAAUGCAUUAUUGCGGUUUUUAGUAACCAAUCAUAUGUUUCCAGCAAAUAUGUACAUUUGAGCAGUUACUGACUUUAGUUGCAUAUUGGCUACUUGCUGAUGAUAAUUUAUGGUCAUGUUAUUCAAACCCUUCUUUCAGGUGUUAACCCUUGUAUUUGCAAAUUUAGUACACUUAUUUUGCAGAACUGGAAGAUUAAAUCAUUAUGACUUUGUUUUUAAUGUAUUUAGAUAAUUUGGAAAAUCCAAUCAAGACUUGACCAUGCC